AUGUGGUUCUCUGCAAGCUACGAUGACCAAAUUAUCGGUACUCUAUCAUACUCCGCCUGGGCGCAGAGCGGCUGUGAUGAUGAAACAACCCUUGCCUACUCUUCCGCCAAUACGAACGGAGCCUGGGCUGAAGUCACAGGUACCUGGCAACCUACUGAUAGCACUGGAGCUCUAUAUAUCGGCUUCAGCUUUGAUGGAUACAAGCCUGAAUUGAAACUGAACAUCGACAAUAUCCAGCUAGUGCGGCGCGCUACCUCGCAGCCAGCUUGCGCUUCGUCUCAAGCUAUUUCUCCUACUCCUCUUGGGCAAUCUAGCCAUUUGAGAACUAGCACUCCUCUCAUCCAGACUGCUGGGCCAACUACAUUGCCUGUUGCUUUUGUGGCUGGUUCGUCUUCGGCGAUCAUUAUUCCGCCUUCGGCAUCCGUUACCAGUCAUGUGAAGUCUGUUACUCCCCCUUUUCGCCGUCCAUCGUCGUCUCGUAUUACUCGCCGGCCUUUGUCUUCGGCUUCUGUGUCUGCUUCGUCCAGUUCUUCACUCGCCCCGCCCGUGCCAUCUUUGCCAGUCGGGGCUGGCUCAUCUUCUGCUCCUGCUAUAUUUACUUCUUCCGACGCUCAGGCUUCUAACAACAUUACUCCUAGCGCAGCUACCACUGCAUCGCAGUCAUCGUCUGCUGGUCAGUCUAGCACGGUGUCGAGUGCUGUAAAUCAGCCCACUGCUUCCGGGACUGGAUCAGUUAUAGAGACAACUUCCAUUACUGGUACUUCCUCCGCUGUGCCCUUGACCACUUCUACCGUGUUUAUCACCCAAGAACACACGAUCACUGCCUGCCCAUCAUCCGUGACAGACUGCCCCGCCUCGCAGCGUACAACAUAUAUCACCACAGAAACUAUGGGAGCUUAUACCACCACUUGCCCUGUCACAGCGACUGAGACUGCAGCAACUACAACUAUCUCCAUAGCAACUGAAUCAGCGAAGAGCGCCAAUCUUAUCACAACAUCAGCGGAGUCAAUGACUACAUCCACAGUCUACACUACGAAAGAGUACACCAUCACAGCAUGCCCCUCAUCCGUGACAGACUGCCCCGCCUCAGAACAAAAGACUUACAUCACUACUAAGACCGUAGAGGCCUAUACAACAGUGUGCCCCGUUACAGCUACAGAAACCGGCGCAGCCACCUCUCUACCCUCGACCGUUCAAGUCUCCGCUGAGUCUGAAACUACUAUUACUGCACCCACUAUCACUCUAGCAGAACAAAUGACUACAUCCACAGUCUACACUACGAAAGAAUUUACCAUAACCGCCUGCCCCCUCUCAGUGAUCGAUUGCCAUGCUUCACAGAAGACAGCACAUGUUACCACGGAAACCGUGGUGGCGUAUACAACCGUCUACCCUGUUACAGCAACAGCAACAGGUCCAGCGACUGAUGAAGCCACUCUGCCCGCCGUAACUGAUAUCUCUGUGGUUUCGUCCGAGACCCAGACAGCAGUUACCGUCCAUCUCUCUCCUGUUGACACUGAGACUUCCCGGGUCAGCUCUCCUGCCAUCGAGCCUACUACAACCACAACUACGGAGACAAUUGUGCCCACGAUCUUCCCUGUGGAUUCCGCAGCUACGGCAGGCACCAGCUCCGAGGUUGCUGCGGCAGGAGCGCUGCACUCAACGAACAGCGACUCUGUCGAGAUAUCCCAGACACAGGCUCCGGCUGGUUCCGCCACAUCAGCUGAAUCUUCAGGUUCUACCUCGGCUGGAGUCGUUGGAUCUGUUUCUGCUUCUGCCGCUGGUUCUUCUUCUAAUCAAGCAGUUUCAGCAAACUACUCAGGUACCAGCGGUGUCAGUGUCAGCAGUACCUUACAGGCUGUUGUAUCACCAACGACCGCGGCCGCGGCUCCGUCGUUCAAUGGUGCGGUUGGUACGAAGCCUACGUUGCUCAGUGGCUCUGCGUUGGUUGCUCUUCUUGUGGGGUACUUGGUUCUGUAG